AUGGGCGUGAAACCAGGCUUCCGCGGCCUCUCGAGCCCAAUCACUCGAUCUCGACGUCUUCCUAUGUUCUUCGGAGCUGCUGCAUUCUUCAUUAUGUGUCUGAUAUAUCUGCUUCUGUCGGUGGCACCUUGUAUGGUGUAUGGGAACUGUUAUCGUGGUUAUUCGAGUGCCUACAGUUUCGAUGUUGACUUGGCUCACAACCCGGCUUGGAUGGCUGAGAUACCCGACGAUGUACCCCUUACGAGCCUCAGUAUACCUGGCACGCACGACACUAUGACCUACGAGAUAGGGACCGAGGUUCUACAGUGUCAGAACUGGAACCUCACCAUGCAGUUGGAAGCAGGCAUUCGCUACUUUGACAUUCGCGCUCGUGUGCGCGACGACGAGUUGCAUAUAUAUCAUGCCAACGGCUAUACUGGCUUCAGUUUUGAGGACGUUGUUGGCUACAUGAACCAGUUCUUGGAUAGCAACCCUUCUGAGACCAUUGUCAUGCGCCUCAAGCAAGAGGGCAAUGGUAUUGGAAACAACAACACUCUCACUUUUGAAGCUGCCUUCAACCAAUACGCUCUCGAGGACCGUCUGUACAAAUACAAUGCUUCGGAGCCUCUACCGACACUUGGUAGCCUCCGCUCCAAGAUCUUUGUGCUUCAGAACUUCCCAGCUUGGCGAGGAGGGCCAUAUGGUGUCAAGUGGGAGGGACCACAGAUGAUAUUGGAGGAUGUAUGGAUCAUUCCCGACAUCUACCAUCUAUCAGAGAAGUGGACUGCGAUUCGCGAUGCCCUUGAGCUCGCGGCGACCGCGCCCCUUGACAACAAAGUACUUUAUCUGGCACACAUCUCCGCGUCCGUCGGCGUGCUGCCGAUCGAAGCUGCGGCCGGACCGAUGAACCGGACCGUCACUGGGAUGAACGACAUGACUGGCCAAUGGAUCAAGGACUUUGAAGACAACCCGGACACAAGUCGCACUGGCAUCAUCAUCAUCGAUUUCCCCGGUCGCAAGUUCAUCGAAGCUAUUCUUCGAUGGAACAAGUCAUUGGCAAAGAAGCAAGGAUAA